CCCUCCUCCGCUUGGUGUGCGGCCACGGGGCGGGACGCGGCCCCGACCGUUUUUUUUGCUGGCAAGAGGAGGAGCCACCGCGCAGGCGCCAACGGCGCGGGGGUGGGACAACAGCGCAUGCUUAGUUGAGGAAGAGUCGGGGCCGAAAAUGGACGUCGUCCGUCCUGACCAGGUCUGGCAUCUGAUCUGGCAUCUACCUGGGCACUGGAAAGGACAAAGAUACACCACGUCCACUUAUGCUCAAAAGUCCACCUCUCCCUGUUGGAUCAACCUGCAGUAAAAUGAGGACAUCAAAGGGAAGGGCACGCAGAAGGAAAUCUGAAACCAAAUGAUGUACCAACGUCUGACAGAACCACUUGAUUCAUUGGCUGCUGAUGUUCAAGUCCCAUGGAGCCCAGGAGAAAUGUUUGUUUCUGUCUGCUUGAGAAACUUUGAAUACUGGGGCAGUAGGAAGAACGUUGAGACAUAGACACCCGAAUGAGGGACAUUCAAUGCACUGACUGUGAAAAGUGGUUUCACCAUUUAGUCAUCUUGGUGGGGAGGGGUGGCAGGGAGAGACUGUGUACCUGUUCUGUUUGUGGAUAUCAUUUCAGCUAGGUCGGCAAACCCAGAGAAACACAGGGAAAACCCUCUUCCCCCACUCCACCAUGGAGAAACGGUGGAAAUGUGGGGACUGUGGGAAAGCGUUCCCUUCUCCAUCGGCACUGGAAACCCACCGACACAUUCACACAGGGGAGAGGCCCUUCAUCUGCCCCGUGUGCGGGAUGGGCUUCAAUCAGCCCUCCAUCCUGCUGGCCCACCAACGAAUUCACACUGGGGAGAGGCCGUUUGUCUGCCGUCUUUGUGGGAAAGCAUUCACUCAGUCGUCCCACCUGCUGACCCACCAGCGAGUUCACACCAGGGAGAGACCGUUCUCCUGCUUUCAGUGUGGGCAGAGAUUCAUUGAUUCGUCCCACCUCGUGAAACACCAGCGCAUUCAUACGGGGGAGAGGCCAUUCACCUGCUCCGUGUGCAGGAAGGGAUUCGUUGAUUCUUCCAGCCUACUGACCCACCAGCGAGUUCACACUGGGGAGAGGCCGUUCACCUGCUCAGUGUGUGGGAAAGGAUUCAUCGAUUCUUCCACCCUGCUGAAACACCAACUAGUUCACGCCACGGAGAGGCCAUUCACCUGCUCUCAGUGCGGGACGAGCUUCAGUCGGCUGUGCAACCUGCAGACACACCAGCGGGUUCAUACGGGGGAGAGGCCAUUCACCUGCUCCGUGUGCAGGAAGGGAUUCACUCAGUUAGCUGCUCUGCUGAACCACAAACGGGUUCACACAGGGGAGAGGCCGUUCACAUGUUCUGUGUGCGCGAAGGGGUUCAUUCAGUCCUCCAGCCUGUUGUCACACCGGCGGGUUCACACAGGGGACAGGCCGUUUAGCUGCUCCGAGUGUGGGAAAACGUUCACUCUGUCAUCCACUCUGCUUUCGCACCAACGUAUCCACACCGGAGAGAGGCCUUUCACCUGCUCCGAAUGUGGGAAGGGAUUCACCCAGUCAACCAGCUUGACGAAACACCGACGGGUUCACACUGGGGAGAGGCCCUUUGUCUGCUCUGAGUGUGGAAAAGGAUUCACCGAAUCAUGCAACCUGCUGAGACACCAGCAGGUUCACACCGGGGAGAGGCCGUUCAUCUGCUCAGAGUGUGGGAAAGGAUUCACUCAGUCGUCCCACCUGCUGACCCACCACCGCGUUCACACUCGGGAGAGGCCGUUCAUCUGCUCGGAGUGCGGGAAGGGAUUUACUCAGUUGUCCAGCCUGCUCCGACACCAGAUGGCUCACACCGGAGAGAGGCCCUUCAGCUGCUCCGUGUGUGGGAAGGGAUUUACCCGGUCGACCAACCUGCUUUCUCAUCAGCGGGUUCACACCGGAGAGAGGCCGUUCAGCUGCUCGGUUUGUGGGAAAGGAUUCACUCGGUUAUCCAUCCUGCUGACCCACCAGCGAUUUCACACCGGGGAGAGGCCGUUCACCUGCUCCGAGUGCGGGAAAGAAUUCGCUCAGUCGUCCCACCUGCUGUCGCACCAGCGGCUUCACAAUGGCGAGAGGCCGUUCAGCUGCUCUGAGUGUGGGAAGGCCUUCAGUGACUCGUCCAGCCUGCUGAAACACCAGCGCGUUCACACCGGGGAGAGGCCAUUCACCUGCUCUACGUGCGGGAAAGGGUUCACACAGUCCUCUAACCUGUUCUCGCACCAGCGGGUCCACACCGGGGAGAGGCCAUUCACCUGCUCGGUGUGCGGGAAGAGUUUCACGCAGUCGUCCAACCUGCUGACCCACCAGCGGGUCCACACCGGGGAGAGGCCGUUCACCUGCUCUGUGUGCGGGAAGGGGUUCCCUCACUCGUCCACCCUGCUGAGGCACCAGCAGGUUCACACCGGGGAAGGGGCAUUCACUUGUCUCGUGUGCGGUAAGGGAUUCCCUCAUUCAUCUGGCCUUCAGAUACACCAGCGGGUCCACACCGGGGAGAGGCCGUUCACCUGCUCCGAGUGUGGGAAGGGCUUCAGUGACUCGUCCAACCUGCUGUCACACCAGCGACUUCACACCGGGGAGAGGUCAUUCAUCUGCUCGGUGUGCGGGAAGGGCUUCACUCGGUUGACCAAUCUGAGGACGCACCACCGGGUUCACACCGGGGAGAAGCCGUUCACCUGCUCUGUGUGCGGGAAGGGCUUCGCCCAGUCGCAACAUUUGCUGAGACACCAGCGGGGACACAAGUGAUCAGCGGGGACGGCUUCAGCUAUUCUGCCACUCUGAAUCGCAUCUAAGACUGAGCCACCACGUUUGUUCUGGCAGUAGGUGAAGUGGAAGGGGUCAGGAGGGUUUAGUAUGUGUUUUUUUUUCCUCUUCGCCCUGCUGGACUGGCUGCUCUGGCCCACUUCGCUUCCAGUGAGGCUAAUGCCUUUUGAGCCCCGGGACUGCACAUUUUCCACUGAAAUGAUCCUCCGAAGCUGAGGAAGUGCAUUUAUUUAACCCUGGAUGGUAAAUAGUGUUUGUAUUACCAUUACAGAUGGACCUUUCCAUAUUGUAGACCUAAAGCACAGGAGGUUCAGUUAUAGCUUAUCAUCAACCCACCCUCGAUCUUUUCAUUUCGAAUCCCCUCGCUCUAUGAACGAUGUUGUGAAGCUUGAAAGGGUGCAGAGAAGGUUUACGAGGGUAUCACCAGGGCUGCAGGAUUUGAGCUACAUGGAGAGGCUGAAGAGGCUGGGGCUAUUUUCCCUGGAGCAUCAGAGGCUGAGGGGUGACCUUACAGAGAUUUAUAAAAUCAUGAGGGGCGUGAAUAGGGUGAGUAGCCGUGGGAAAACCAGAAGAUGUUGUAAAUCAGGAACAAGUUGCUGGAAAAGCUCAGCAGGUCUGGCAGCAUCAGUGAAGAAAAAAAAAAAUCAGAGUUAAUGAUUCAGACCCGUGACACUCCUGGGGAAGGAAGGCGCGCUCUGUCUCUCUCUCUCUCUCUCUCUGUAGAGCCAACCAGUCAGUUGCUAUUAUUUACUGGAGAAGUGUCCUGACCCGAAACUCCUCUGAUGCUGCCUGGCCUCCUGUGUUCAUCCAGCUCCCACACUGCGUUGUUUCUGACUCCAGCAUCUGCAGUUCUUACUAUCUCUGAGUUGCUAUUCCUGUUGCCCACCCAAAUUUCCAGUGAAUUCUUCUCUGCUUCCACACCAUUAUCGACAGUGAGUUCCAGUUUACUGCCACUGGCUGGCUAAAAAUGUUCUUCCUUGAAUCUAUCCCUCUGUCUCUCCUGCUCAAAACUUUAACCAUCAAUUCUUUGCCCCUCCUUCGACGUCCUAUACUCCAAGGCUAAUUUCUGUCUUUAGGUCCAGGCUUUGCACAUGAACACCCACCCAUCUUGUCCACGCUCCCUGUGAAUCUGCUCCCUCUUUAGAACUGUCUCAUUAAGUGUUUUCGCUGCCUCCCCCUGUCACCUCGCACUUAGAAUCCCUACAAUGUGGAAGCAGGCCGUUCGGCCCAUCAAGCCCCCACCAACUCACCAUCUCGCCCAGCCCUAUCCCUUUAACCCUGCGUUUCCCAUGGCUCGCCCACCUCACCAUGAAUGUUACAGGGCAAUCCACCUCACUUGCAGAGCGCUUGGAGGAAAUUCUAUGCAGACUCCAGGUGAAUGUGCAAACUCCAUGCGGACAGUCGCCUGAGGUUGGAAUCGAACCUGGCACUGUGAGGCAGCUGUGCUAGGCAUCCCGUGUGAUACUUCUAGGCAUUGAAUUCCUUUUGUCAUGUUGGGGAAUGCUACGAGGCAUUUAAUUGUUAACUAAAUGCACAGAGGAGACACAGGGAUGCAUUCAUCUCACCAUCACCCUGCUGUCAUGUGUGAAGAGUCAUAAUUUGUAGAUUUUAAUACAAUAAUAUCUAGUUUGGCUUUGGAAUUUUUGUAAAUAUAGAUAGACAGACAAUACUUGUUUGAGACAUUGGAAACCAAACUCCAAGUAAGUGCAGUUGAAACAAAUCUGGAUAAUUACCUUUAAAAGUCAGAGUUGAUAUUUGAAGGAUAGUGAGAUAGUGAAGGAGACACCUGAGCUUAAAAAGAAACGGAUGGGGCCCUAUGCUUGAACUGAUGAGCCUAAAAUUUUGACAUCACAAAGGAAAUGUGAGGGUCAUUUAGCCAAAGCUAAUGGGAAGAUCUCCUUAAAAACAUGAGGGAUACCGAGAAGGAUUCAGUUGAAUUCUGGAGAGCUGUGGCAUGCUUAUGACUUGGUCCCAGGUAGUAAAUGAGCCUCCAAUCUUCAAUUAAAGUUGGUGGGAACUCGUAAGAAAACAAGAGUUUUCAUGUAGGCCUGUACAUGUUAUUUGUGUUACGGUUGUGGUGGUGAUAUAGUUUAACUUUUCGAUUGUGGUCAAGUUUUGUUCUGUCUAAAAAUGUGACAAUGUAUGAAGCAGAUUCCUCAGUCGAUCGCUGGGUGCUCAACUUUCUAUUUGAAUUCAAACGGUUUGGGAAAGGUUUGUUACCAACUCAGGGGCAGAGUGGUGCUGAGAUCUUGGCACGGUUUGAAGCGACAGGAUUUGAUAGUGGAUUUCCCUUUUUCGAUGAUUCAGACUUGCUGGAGAGGGAAGUUCUGCCCCUGUGGGCUUUGCGACAAUGUCAAGUUGAAAGGCUAAGAGGACACUGUGUAAAAUAACAGCUUCGACAGCCCAAGUCCAGGAUGUAAGUAGUUUAGUUCUGUGCAUGAUGGGAGCAGCUCAAAGGCUCUCCUUGGAGUUAAAAUUAAAUGCUAAAAUUCUGUACACAAAACAACAGUUAUUCACCCUGUCCUGCUUGGACAACCUACCUAUCACUGACUUUGGUACGUACCACAUCUUCUACCUUCUAAUUCAAUGUCUAAACCUGGUUGUUCAGGAGACCAAACAACUUUUAAAAUACAACCUUACUACCGUUAAGUGCGAUAGACUCAUUUGGAGCCCCCUGAAAGCAGUUGAAGGUUAACCCAGUCUCGGAAUUGUAUUGCAUUAUCACUUAAAUGCCUAACUUUCCACUUAACUCUCACUGAAUGACAUGUCGUGUCCUGGUUGGUCAAAAGGUGCAAUUCUGACCCCUGACCUCUGCAAUUUGACCUGAAGGUGGCCCCAGUCCUCUCUUGAAGGUUUAUUGACCAUUACCCAAGAGGGUUUUCAAUUACAAGCUGAAACAAUGUGGGGAUUCCCACCAACUUUGGGAGUCUUGUGUGCUUUACUGCAAAUUAAUCACAGACUCAGUCCGCUUUUCCUUCAUUACCGGUCAGUUUACCAAAGGGUAAAAAAUCAUUCUUUGAAUCUUCCGUUUCCUGCUGUCUGAUAUGUCUACUACAUCUGCGCACUAUCUUCCAGUAAUUGUCCACACUCUGGGAUAUUCUGAUUUCAUUGUUGCUGCCCCUUGCAAUAUCAAGCUGUUCUCUUUUAUUUCAAAGUCAGUAGAAUUGGCAGAUGGGUUGGAGUUGGAUUCGAAAGCUGGAACGAAUAAAUCAAAUAGUGGACGGAAUAGCACAGCAUUUGGGAUUAGAGGAAGGCCAUCUGGAAGUGGAAAGCAGCUUGAGUUGGCUAGGAUUCAGUUGCAAAUGAAAUACUUUUCGAAUGUAUUAGUCGGGACAUCAUUUUGAGGUUGUACACGACAUUGUUGAAGCCCCUUCUGUGAGUACUAUCUAGUUCUGGUUGCUCAGUUGCAGGAAGGAUAUUAUUAAACUAGAGAGGGUUCAGAGGAGAUUAACCAGGAUGUUGCCAGGUAUGGCAGGUUUGAGUUAUAAAGUCUGGAUGAGCUGGGACAUUUUUACACUGGAGCGUAGCAGGUUGAGAGGUGAUAAUAUCGAGGUUUAUAAAAUCAUGAGGGGUAUAAUUAGGGUUAAUGGUGUCUUUUCCCUCAGAUGGGAUUUCAAGACUACGGGGUAAUUUUUUAAGGAGAGGGGAGAGAUUUUUUAAAAAAACCACGCGAGUGGAAAUUUGUUUUAAGCGGAGGAUGAUUUUUGUGUGGAAUGAACUUCCUGAAGAAGUGGUGGAUCCAGGUACAGUCACAGUGUUUAAAAUAUAUUUAGAUAGAUACAUGAAUGGGAAAGGUUUGGAGGGAUAUGGGCCUGGAGCAGGCAGGUGGGACUAGUUUAGUUUGGGAUUAUGGUUGGCAGUGACUGGUUGGACUCCAGGACACACUAACUUGCAGUCACGUUCCACAGGAAAGGAGAAAGAGAAGGAGAAAGCAGAAAAAAAUGGGAAUUCAGAUUUGAAAGGGCUGGUAAAAGAGAAAUGAGAAAACCAAUACUUGAACGUUAGAGAGCGAAGUUAACAAGAAACGAACUAAAUCAGGAAAGAGAGUGAGUUUCAAGAUAGAAGGAUAUCAAAAAGCAGGGAACCAGCUAAAAAAGAACUUAAGUUAUGCCAGAGGAAAUAAUUCAGUCAGCAAAUAGAAUUACAUUCCCAGUUUUGAUUGGACAAGGAACUUUUGGCUGGUGCCCAAAUCCACUGAGGACAGAAUUCAGAGAUGUUUUGAUUUGUUUGAGAAAGUCGAUACAAAACUAGGCUAGCACGAAAUCAUAUCGACCCUUAUUUUGCAAAGUGUGUUUUGUUUUAACACCAGUGAAUAUUACGUCAUCACGGAGACUUUAGGAAGGUAUUCUGGUUUCAGGUUAUCAGUGUGUUUGCUGAGAAAAUGGUUUUGGUUGCGAUUUAUGGUGUCUGCAGCUCACAAAGACAAGUUAACCGAAAUAUGACUGUUAGACCUGCGCUAUUAGCACAGUCAGUACAACACAAACAUCAUUAGCGACCAUGCAGAAGUUGAGAGAAACCCAACAUCAGUUUGAAUCUUAUGAGGGACAAGCAUCAUGAUUUGCCAGCUUUGAAGCGAAUGAAAGAUACUACAAUAGGGUGUAGCAUGCCUUCUUGCAAAAGAGAGCAGCUAGCAGCUUAGCUUGAACUCGUUACAAUGUGUAUCAGUAGGGAAGAGACGGUAAACGGAGAUUUCACCUUUUGAGAAUAGCUGGAGCUGAGAAAAUUUCUGCCUGGGGACUUAGAACCCCUUUAUCAGAGAAACCUUAGAUGUAGUAAGAAUUAAACCAAAAGACAUAAUGUUAUUUCUAAAUAUAUAUAUUAAUAUAAUAGUGAUUGGUUUGUGUAAUUUUUUGUGUAUAUAUACAAUUAUGACUGACACAAGAGGAAUUUACUGAUUGUUUUUCUCUCGCCCCACUGCUUCCUGGAUCACAACAUAAACUUAAUAGUUUCACUGAGUUCCUAAUUUGGCCCGUCUGGUGGCCCUAGGGCAAUCAAACAUCAAUCAGUCUGCUUUAAUUAAUCAAUACAGUGUCAUAAAAUAAAAGUUGUCACUUCAGCAUUCUGAAAUGCCUAAAACACCAAUCAUUUACUUAACUCGAGGCACACGCACGCAUACACACUAGAUGAAGGAAAUCAAAAAUUGAUAUUUACGUUUGGAGGGAUAAAUUACCUAUGGCCACUAAUGGUGAGAACUUGAAGGUCUCGUGAAAGGGUAAAAUGUGGAUGGUUCAGUUCAUUGUUGAUCUGCUAUUCUGGCUGUCAUAGGCUGGUCAUAAGACAUGCUGUUGUGUCUGGGGUCUGGUGCGCACAGCUUGUCCAGGAAACAAUGCAUUGAGAGUCUUCUGUUUGUUGUUCAAGAGAAAAUGAGACAUAUCAUGCUGGAUUCACGACAAAGGCGCUUCAGAAACACAAGAGCCGAGCAGCCUUUUCCCCUCAACUGAAAAAUGAAACUUCCAUCUCUCUGCAAAAACACUGCUGAAAUGGAAAGGCCACAAAUCUAAGAGCAGUGAUCUUUUGGAAACAAAUUGUGCAAUGAGCUGAAACAUGUCAUGCCUCGUUUUAAAAAAAACACAUCCAAUGUGUAUUCAUUUCUCUUUUCAAAAAAAAAUUCCACAUGUCUGCGCUGAACUUAAGAUAGAUGAAUUUCAUCACAAUCAUUAAAAAGUCAGGUUCUCAAAAGAUGUCAAAUGUGAAGACUUCAUGAUAACACAAUAAAGCUUGUUUUGCUUUUAAAAACAGAAGGCUUGUUUUUAUGGAUCGAG